UGCACGUCAUUUUCUCAAAUUUAGAAAUCCCGGCCGGACGCUUUUUUAACGUCCAUAAAAGAGGACUUGUCCGGGAAAAACCCUAUAUUUAGUGUUUUGGGAGAAAAUCAAAUCAAAGGAGCCUUUUACCCUACGUCACCUAGAUAUCUAUUUGAUGUGUGUCACAUGUGGAAGGUGUUGUUUGCUCAUCUCAAUACGUCUAUGAGACGUAUGUCAGAAUGCGGACCAAUUUUCAGCUUUCAGAUUUCAGCACAACACCUGCAAGGGGAAGUACUGCUGGGAUAUUACAUCUACAAAUAUGAGUCUCUUCAAAAUACCGGGAUCCAGAUACAUCUCCACGAUCUUCAGCUUUUGCAUCUUCGUUAUUUUUAUGAUCUACCAAAACGCCGUGAUAUAUAUUUCCCUCCAAACAACAGCCGAUUACACCCCAGAGGGUUUGUGCGCUUGUGAUAAGUGUGUCACUGAUGUGAAUGAUGACGACUGGUUCUUCAUGCGUUACAACCCGACAGUUCCACCUCUGCUGAACAGGAGAAACAGUGUGUUACGAGCAGACGUCUACAAAUGGUGGAAGGGUCUACAACGUGAAACCUUGAAAACCAACUACACAGAUGUGGUGGACACGUUGUUUGCUCUCUUUCCAGAUGAAGAACAUUACUCAGAUGUUGGUCCAGAUCGCUGCAGAACCUGUGCUGUUGUGGGAAACUCAGGGAACCUACUCAGAUCUCAUUAUGGUCAACUAAUAGAUUAUCAUGACUUUGUCAUCAGGAUUAAUAAAGGCCCAACAAAAGGUUAUGAGAGGGAUGUGGGUUCUAAGACCACUCAUCGAAUAAUCUACCCUGAGAGUGCUGUGGACAUGGACAACUCCACUCACCUGGUUCUUCUGCCCUUUAAGAUUAAAGACAUGCGCUGGCUCAUCAGUGCCUUCACAACUAAACACAUCACACGCUCUUAUGUUACAUUGAAACCUACAGUAAAUGCAGAUAUGGACAAGGUGAUGAUCCUCCAUCCUGCAUUUAUAAAAUAUGUCUAUGAAAGCUGGUUGCAUAAACAUGGCAAAUAUCCAUCCACUGGCUUCAUUACAAUAAUAUUCGCCCUACACAUCUGUGAUAAGGUGAAUGUUUUUGGGUUUGGAGCUAGAAGUGACGGAAAAUGGCAUCAUUAUUUUGAUGGAACUUUGGCUCACUUUAGCAGAGGUAAUCAUGGAGGAGACUUUGAAAAUAAAACUAUGAAUGAGCUUCAGCAGAGAAACAAGAUCUUUAUGUAUAAAGGGUGGUAGUGAUGAAAUGCUUCUGUUUAAAGAGUCAAACGUAAACAUUAUUGGGAAUAACUCAGUUUGAAGUCCCUAGAAGAGGUUUUGAAUAUACUGUAAGUUUGCAUUUAAAAAGGCUGCCUUUAAAUACAUAGAUGUAUUUAUUAAAUGUGAAUAGUAUGCUGGCAGUGUACAACUACGUAUUUUAUAUGUACAUUUAAUAGGAUUCUGUAUAGUUAAUGUAUUUUAAGGUAAGGUAAAGUAUUUUUUAAAGUUCACUUUUCAUAUGUGAAGUAUUCCACACCAAACAUCUGACUAGUAUUCUAAGAAGACUACUAACUUAACUAGAGGAGUUUCACCAAUAACUAGGUCACUAAAUGCAAACUUUACCAAAAAACUAAAUACUGUUACAUGACUAAUGAAUUGUAUUUCUAUAUUUGUAUGUAAAAUAUAUUGAUUAAAGGAUUGGUUGUGUUUUAUUCAUA